AUGAAUUUUGCAGACCCAUGGGUGACGCAGGACAAUAAAGCUGCUGACGGUGAUUCAUUUACCACGAACGAAACCGCCAUUAGCAUUCCGCCAGCAAGCGCCACAGUGAAUACAUCCAGCCCGACCACCACCAUCGUUGCGAUCGCUUCUUCGUUGGCGUUCGAAGAUAAUUUCAGCCCCGAGCAGCCACCGCUAAAUCCGCGAGAACCGCAAGAUAAUCGUCUUCCGGACUCGGACAACUAUUUAGCAGCAUUAGAAAAGCGUCUGCAUCGGUUGAGAAACAAUCCGAACGUGUUGCAGCAGCUGACCGAACGUCGUGAGGCGUGUAUGCAAUCGUUGCUCGGUGGAAGCGUAACACUACGCACGGACGCUGAUCUGGUGCUGGAAGAGCCCGUCAAUAGUAACGAGCUAAUUCGAUUCAUUCGCCCCGAGCAAGCCCUUUCGCAGGCGGAAGUUGUGCAACUGGUGCAACACGAUCAGCUACAGCUAGAGGCAGACGAACAGGCGGAAGAGACACGGGAAGGUGAAGAAAGCGGUACCGAAAGUUCGACGUCACGCUAA